UUAAUUAUCGAAAGAAAUUGUUAAAAAAUGAAAAAUCUCACACUCAAAUAUCAUUACUCGAAGAGAUAUAAAGAGCAUGAAUGUAAACUUAUGACACAACAUGCUUUCAACGAAAAUAUUUCUUUUGUUUACGAUGGAAACAAUAAAAGUGUUAAUUUAUAUGAUCAUCAUUCUUGUGAAGUUAAAGAAUUGUUUAACUAUGAUGGCAUAAUUGCAAUGGAAUAUGUUCAGUUAAAUGACUGUCUAUGUCUGGCAACAGAUGAAGGCGAAAUCGUUCAAUACAAUUUCACAACAAAUGAUUAUGAAGUUGUCGGAAUGAUUCAAGAUGGUAUUGAAACAAUGAGUUGGAGUCCAGACCAAGAGCUUGUUGUCUUUGUUACAAAAUCCUGCAACGUCAUUCUCAUGUUUUCUACAUUUGAUGUUUUGGUUGAAUCAUCUUUGCAUGAAAAAGCAGCCAAAGAAUUCAUCACUGUUGGUUGGGGUAAGAAAGAAACACAAUUCCAUGGUUCAGUAGGAAAAGAUGCUCGAAAGAAACAAGAAAUUAACAUUGAGAUGAAUGAAGAUUUAGAUAAAACAAUUUCAUGUUGUUGGCGUGGUGAUGGAGAAUAUUUUGCUGUGAAUUAUGUUGGUGAAAACGGUCGAAUGUUUAAAGUCUACACUAAAGAAGGAGUUCCUACAUAUACCUCGGAAGUGUGUGCAAAACUUCAAGUACCAAUUGCGUGGAAACCAUCUGGAUUGUGGAUUGCAAAGCCUGAAAUUCAUCCAAAUAAAUAUUCGAUAACAUUAUUUGAAAGAAAUGGUCUUAAGCAUAACGAACUGAUUCUACCAUUCACUCAUGAAGACGAACAUGUUGUUAAUUUAUCAUGGAGUCAAGACUCAGAUAUUUUUCUAAUAGAAACUCUACGAAAUGAUAACAUUCGUGUUUUGUAUUUCUACACCAUUUGCAACUACCAUUGGUAUCUGAAGCAUACAAUCGAAUUCAAUUGCCAAGUUGCAUAUAACUGGAGUCAAAAUUUCAUUGAACCCAAAAAACUUUUCAUCAUGACAAACAAAGGAGAGUUUCAAGUUUUGAAAUUUGAUUUCAUUGUAAACCAUUCUAAGGGAAGAAGUGAAUCGGACGAAUCAAUUGUUGCUGUAAUUGAUGGACAUAAAUUGCUUUUGACAAACUUCAGAAGCCAAAUGGUUCCACCACCGAUGGCUAGUUUAGAAAUUGUUAUUGAUUCUCCUGUCAAUGUCGUCGACUUUCUUCAAUAUCCCGAUGAAAAUUACGACUCCAAUAGCUUUUUCACAAUGGAUUUAAAGAAUAAAGUGAAGAUUUAUCGAUGUGUGUUUGACAAUGUUAUUAAUGGGAAACGUUUGAAUAGCAUCGAGGAGGUGAAGGAAUUUAAAAUAGAAAUAAAAGAGUGUGGGACGUUGACAACUGGACUUUGGUUAAAUGAAAGUUUCAUGCUUUUUACAAAGGAAUUUAAAAUGUAUCUCUUUUCGCUCGAUUCACAUUCAAUUGUUGAAGAAGUCGUCAUGGAGAAAGUUAUCAAUAACAUGAUUGGCUUAGAUGAUAGAACUUUUAUUCUUCAACUAUGUGAUGGUUCACUUAUUGAAUUGUCACUCACAAAUGAACAUCAAUUGACAAUCAAUGAUGAACAUAUGGAAAAGUUGCCGGAGUUUUGUGAAUCAAUUGAAGCUACAAGAAUAAACGAUAAAGUUGCAGUUUUUGGAUUGAAAAAUAAUAAAAAGAAAUUAUAUUGGAAUUCAAAAGAGCUUGCAACUGAGGUGACGUCAUUUAAAAUCAGCAUUGACGAUGAUUAUCUCAUGUACACAACAAUCGGUGAGUUAAAAUUCUUGAAAAUAAAACACGAUGAAAUGGAACUUGUUGAUAGUAGAAAAGUUGAAAGAGGAAGUAAAAUAAUUCAACAGGUUAAAAAUAAAUCUCAGAUUAUUUUUCAACUUCCUCGAGGUAAUCUCGAAACAAUAUCACCGAGAAUUUUAUCUUUGAAGAUAAUAAAGUGUCACUUGAAACAGAAAGAAUAUAAACAAGCUUUUGAUUUACUUCGUAAAGAGAGAAUCAAUUUGAAUCUUCUUAUUGAUUUAAACCCACAACAAUUUCUCGACGACUUGGUGUUAUUUGUCAAGGCGAUUGAUAACAUUCAAUGGCUUAAUCUUUUCCUAACUGAACUGAAGGACGAAGACGUAACCGCAACAAUGUACAAAUUUUGUGAAAUCUCAAAUAUCGAUAAAGAAUUUGAUGUCAACAACUUCACAAUGACUAAUAAAGUCUCAUAUUUAUGCGAUAAAAUGUUGGAAAUAUUUCAACAAAUCGAUGCUAAAAAAUAUUUGUUGCCUUCAAUAACUUGUUAUGUGAAAAACCAACAAAUUGAAAAUGCCUUGCAGUUGAUAUGGGAAAUGAAGAAAUCGGGAAAAGCUGAUGAAGAUGCUGAUAAUGCUGUGAAAUAUCUUCUUUAUCUAAUCGACAUUAAUGUCCUUUAUAAUCUUGCUUUGGGAAUGUACGACUAUCAAUUGGUGUUGUUUGUUGCACAGAAGAGUCAAAAAGAUCCUAAAGAGUAUGUUCCAUUUUUAAAUGAAUUAAAUAAACUUCCAACAUCUUAUGCGAAAUAUAAAAUUGAUUGUCAUUUGAAACGUUUCCCGAAAGCUAUUAAACAUAUUGCAAAUCUUUGUAAUGGUGAUGAUGAUGAGAAGUUUAUUGAAUGUUUGGAACUGAUUAAAAAACAUCAACUUUAUUCAUCAGCGAUUGAAGCUUUUAAUGAUAAACCAGAUUGUUAUAAAAAGAUUUGCAUUCUCUAUGCAGAUCAUUUGAGAAUAAAAGGGAAAAUCUUAGAGUCGAGUUUACUUUACGAACGUGGUGGUGACAAUCAACAAGCUUUAGCUGGCGCCAGAAAUGUUCUCGAUUGGCAACGAUGUAUUGUGUUGGCGAUAAAAAGUGGAUAUAGUGCCACAGAAUUAAAUGAAUUGUCAUUAAAAUUAUCAAAUGCAUUGAGUGAUUCUGGUCGUCACAAAGAAGCCAGUGAUCUUGUUCGAAGAUACAUGCCUAAUGAUGUAGUUGCAUUAGUGAAACUUCUUAUUAAAGGUCGAUUUUAUUCGGACGCUAUCAUUGAAAUAACAUCAAGUGGUGAUAAUAAGAUGUUUGAAGACAUUGUUAUUCCUCAACUUUCAAGUCAUUUGAGUGAAGCAGUUAAGAUGGUUAACGACGACAAGCAGCUUUACAUUGAACAGAAGAAUCGUUUGUUGAAUGUUCGUGCAGAGAAAAUUCGACGACUUCAAGAUCCCAUUGGAGAUGACGAUGAAAUGUUCUCUGAUACUACAAGUAUGAUGUCAUCGUCAAUUAACUCCCAAAGCUCCAAGAGAACAUUCAAAAGCAGUAAAAAUAAAAGGAAACAUGAAAGAAAGUUGACAAAUUUAAAAGAGGGAAACAAAUUCGAAGACGUUGCUUUAGUUGAUUCACUUUGGAAAUUGGUACAUAAAAUAAUCAGCCUGGAAAAUCAGAAUGUUAUCAAGGAUUUGAUAAAGAACGCUGUUGUUUUGAGUCUUGAUAAUGAAGCAAGUUUGCUUCAGAAAUCAUUCAAAGAACUUUUACUUCUGCUUAAAACCACGAUGAAUGAAAUUUGGAUACCUGAAAUGCUUUCAGCUGGAAAAUAUCCUGAAACAGAAGAUGACAUGUUACAAUAUAACUUGGAUAACUCAAUGACGAAUAAAAUGUGCUACGAACUUAUUAAACCUGAACAGCGUUUCAAGCCCAGAUUAAAUGUCAUCGAGUUUGAGUUGGAACUUUGUAAGAAAAAUUAAAAUUUGACUACAAUUUUUCACAUCUUUACAUAACUGCAAGAAUUUUUCUUUUAAAAUAUUUUCAAUGUUUCAAAAUUAAUGUUAAAAAAUUUUCAUUAAUGGAUUUCUAAUCAAUAUUUAAAUAAAAAUUAAAACCUUUGAAACAUAA